GCGGCGCGGGCUCCCGUGGGCAGUCGCCGCCGAGGCGCUGGCGGAGUCGCCGCAGGACCCCGAGCAGCGCGUCCCGGAGGGCGCGGAGCGCAGGGAGCGGGGGCCAACGGCAUUCGGUUGACCAUGGAGAGUGCUCUGACCGCCCGGGACCGGGUGGGGGUCCAGGACUUUGUCCUGCUCGAGAACUUCACCAGUGAAGCUGCAUUCAUUGAGAACCUGCGGAAGCGCUUCAAGGAGAAUCUGAUCUAUACGUACAUUGGCUCAGUUCUGGUGUCUGUUAAUCCAUACAAGGAACUGGAAAUCUACAGCAAACAGAACAUGGAGCGAUACCGUGGCGUCAGCUUCUAUGAAGUUUCUCCUCACCUCUACGCUAUUGCAGACAAUUCCUACCGCUCCCUGCGCACGGAGAGGAAGGAUCAGUGCAUCCUGAUCUCCGGGGAGAGCGGGGCUGGCAAGACAGAGGCCACCAAGAAGAUCCUGCAGUACUACGCCGUGACCUGCCCAGCCAGUCAGCAGGUCGAAACCGUGAAGGACCGACUGUUACAAUCCAACCCUGUCCUGGAGGCCUUUGGAAAUGCAAAAACCCUUCGGAAUGACAACUCCAGCCGAUUUGGGAAAUACAUGGAUGUGCAGUUUGAUUACAGGGGGGCUCCUGUCGGGGGCCACAUCUUGAACUACCUCCUGGAGAAAUCCCGAGUCGUGCACCAGAAUCAUGGAGAGAGGAACUUCCACAUUUUCUACCAGCUGCUAGAAGGAGGGGAAGAGGACUUACUGCGAAGGCUGGGCCUCGAGAAGAACCCACAACAGUAUCACUAUUUAGUAAAGGGUCACUGUGCAAGGGUCAGUUCCAUAAAUGAUAAAAAUGAUUGGAAGAUUGUGCGAAGAGCCUUGUCCGUUAUAAGCUUCAAGGACAACGAGGUGGAGGAUCUGCUGAGCAUUGUGGCUAGUGUCCUGCAUCUGGGGAACGUGCAGUUUGCUGCUGAUGAACAAGGAAAUGCUCAGGUCACUACAGAGAAUCAGAUCAAAUACCUGGCUAGGCUUCUAGCAGUUGAAGGCUCUGUUCUUCGAGAUGCAUUGAUCCACAAGAAGAUCAUAGCAAAAGGGGAAGAGCUCAUCAGCCCCCUGAACCUGGAGCAGGCAGCCUAUGCAAGGGAUGCUCUUGCCAAGGCAAUAUACGGACGCACUUUCUCCUGGCUGGUGAACAAGGUUAACAAGUCUCUGGCUUAUGAGGAAGGAAAGUUUCCAGGCUGGAGAAGCACAACCGUUCUAGGAUUGCUCGAUAUCUAUGGAUUUGAGGUUUUCCAGCACAACAGCUUUGAGCAGUUUUGUAUUAAUUAUUGUAAUGAAAAAUUGCAGCAGCUCUUCAUAGAGCUCACAUUAAAGUCAGAACAAGAGGAGUACGAGGCAGAAGGCAUAGCGUGGGAACCGGUUCAGUAUUUCAAUAACAAAAUAAUCUGUGAUUUGGUGGAAGAGAAGUUCAAAGGCAUCAUUUCUAUUCUGGAUGAAGAGUGCCUGAGACCUGGGGAUGCCACAGAUACAACCUUCUUGGAGAAACUGGAGGAAACUGUGAAGAACCAUCCUCAUUUUCUCACGCACAAGCUCGCUGACCAGAAGACCCGCAAGUCCCUGGGACGGGAGGAGUUCCGACUAUUGCACUAUGCUGGAGAGGUCACCUACAGCGUGGCAGGUUUUCUGGAUAAAAACAAUGACCUUCUCUUUCGGAACCUGAAGGAGACCAUGUGCAACUCUGAGAAUCCCAUCAUAAACCAGUGUUUCGACAGGACAGAGCUGACAGACAAGAAGAGACCUGAAACGGCAGCAACUCAGUUUAAAAACAGCCUCUCCAAGCUCAUGGAAAUUCUCAUGUCCAAAGAACCCUCCUACAUUCGCUGCAUUAAACCCAACGAUGCUAAACAGGCUGACCGAUUCGAUGAAGUUCUCAUCCGACACCAAGUGAAAUACUUGGGCCUGAUGGAGAACCUCCGUGUGCGCAGAGCUGGGUUUGCCUAUCGGAGGAAAUACGAAGUCUUCCUGCAGAGGUACAAAUCCCUCUGUCCAGAAACGUGGCCCACGUGGGACGGGCGGCCCCACGACGGGGUGGCUGUGCUGGUGAAGCAUCUGGGCUACAAACAGGAAGAAUACAAAAUGGGACGAACAAAGAUUUUUAUCCGCUUUCCCAAGACCUUGUUUGCAACGGAAGAUGCUCUGGAAGUGAGGAAGCAAAGUCUGGCCACAAAAAUGCAGGCCACGUGGAGAGGUUUCUACCGUCGGAAGAAAUUCCUGCACAUGAAACACUCAGCAAUAGCCAUCCAGUCCUGGUGGCGGGGAACACUGGGGCGCCGGAAAGCUGCCAAGAGGAAGUGGGCAGUGGAGACUAUCAGGAGGUUCAUCAAAGGUUUCAUUUACCGGAACCACCCGCGGUGCCCAGAGAACGAGUAUUUCCUGGAUUACAUCCGCUUCUCCUUCCUCAUGAACCUCAAACGGAACCUACCAAAGAAUGUUCUGGACAAGUCGUGGCCAACUCCUCCUCCCUCGCUCAGUGAGGCAUCCCAGCUCCUGCGCCAGCUCUGUAUGCAGAACAUGGUCUGGACCUACUGCAAGAGAAUCAGCCCCGAGUGGAAGCAGCAGCUGGAACAAAAAGUAAUUGCCAGUGAGAUUUUCAAGGGUAAAAAGGACAAUUACCCUCAGAGUGUUCCAAGACUCUUCAUCAACACACGCCUGGGUAAUGAAGAGAUAAAUGCUAAAGUCCUGCAGGCUUUAGACAAUGAAGCCAUUAAGUAUGCAGUUCCUGUGGUCAAGUACGACCGGAAAGGAUACAAGGCAAGAGCCCGGCAGCUGCUCCUCACCCAGAACGCAGCCAUCAUCAUCGAGGAAUCCAAAAUCAAACAACGGAUCGACUACGGCAACCUGACAGGCAUCUCCGUGAGCAGCCUGAGCGAUAACCUGUUCGUGCUGCACGUGCACUGUGAGGACAACAAACAGAAGGGAGAUGUCGUACUGCAGAGUGACCACGUGAUUGAGACGCUCACCAAGACAGCCAUGCAGGCGGGCAAAGUCAACAACGUCAACAUCAACCAGGGCAGCAUCAAAUUUACAGUUGGACAAGGCAAAGAAGGGAUCAUUGACUUCAUAUCAGGAUCAGAACUGCUCAUAGCCAAAGCCAAGAACGGCCAUCUAACAGUGGUUGCUCCUCGUUUGAAUUCUCGAUGAUAACGUGCCACCACACCAGGACCUUCUCCUCCUCCUCCCUACAGAACUGGCUGGAUCAUUCCCAGCAACCCCCUUCCUUCCUCGCUUUGCUCCUUUGUUAAUUAUUACCAAAGACCUGCACUUCCAGAAAAACCCACCAAAUCCAUCCUGCUUUCUUGUCUUAAUAUCCAAUCCCAAAAGAGAGGCCUUCUCCUCCUUACCUUAGUGGCAAAGGCGUGGGGCCAAGGCACCGUCUGGAACCGCGGCUCACAAUCCGUGGCUGGGCUUUAAGAGGUAACUUUGACUCCAGGAGAGUUUAAAGCCUUGAUGGAAACAACCAAAACUUGUGCUUGACACCAUCCGAAAGCACAAAGGGAACCCAAAACUCUGCUGCUUUGGCAGCCCAAUCCAUGAGAUGCCAAACUUUCUAUUCACAAAAAGAAUGUUUGAUGAAGAAUUUUGCUCCGAGAUGUUGUGUGACAAGAUAUUAAAGCCAUAUUAUGUAAAUGAGUAAGAAAAAAACCCUGUAAAUACUUUCGAGUGGAGUAUGAGAGAUGCACUAUGAGAACAGGAGGCGAUGUGGAAACGUUUAUGGUUUAGAGUUGGAGGUUUUGUUGCGUUUAGUUCAUGGUUAUAAGGUAUUAACCCAUGAAACCAUCAUGUAACUUCGUCACUCAUCUGGAUCCAGAAGCUCUUACCUUUUUUUUGAAGUCACCCGUCCCAGUCUUUGCUCUAUAGUGCUAUUUUUAUACUGGUUUCAUAGCCACAUAUCCCAGUGAAACGUCAGUAAUACAACUCACAGAGGUUAUCACUUCUCCAGGCUGGAAAGGAAGCCUGUAAGUCAUCGGCCACAGGACAUGCCCUGCACAGCUCCUCAGCUCAGAGCAGCACCUUCAGAGAAAACUGCUUUUCCUCUUGUUUUUAGCAAUAACUGGAAGUUUGAGUUCCCACAGUAAAGCUCCUCACUGUUAUCCAACACCUCUCAGUGCUGCCUUCGGGAGGAAGAGACUCUGGCUCAGCACUGCCCUGGCUGCUGAGGGCUCCUUCCCAGGAGAGCAUCUUCCAGACUUCAGCUUGGAGCAUGGUCUCACCUGCACCACAGAGGCCAGCACUGCGCACCUUUAUUUACCAAGGCUGAUGGCUGCAGGGUGGGCAGCUGAGAGCCCUGUGUCACAUCACAGCUCCAUUUCCAAGCUGUACACCUCAAACAUGUGCGUUUUGCACUCUACCUGCCUUAGGAAUCCUUCAUGUUCCGCCUCUAUCCCAAUGCAGCAGCAACAACAGUUCAAAUAAGCCCUGAGUAAAAUAUACCCAAACGCUGCCACUCACCUACAAUUGGCUCAGUCUCUGCUGGUGGUUUCUGACCAGCUGCAGUUCCCAGGCACUGCCCCAGGCCUGGGCUGCUGAAUACACUGUAGUACAUACACCCCCCACUGUAUAUGCUAGAGUGUAUAUACCAUACGAUGCUGUAUACGCUGUUCUAUAACCUCUUCAAGACUACACUAAAUAAAUUUUUACAAAAGAGAAA